AUGAAAAGAUUCACUAAGCAAGAAAAAGUUUCCUCAGACCACGAUGAUGGCGAUUCUCAGGACGAAUAUGUGUCUGAGAGAGAGAAGAAACAACAAGACUUCAAAACUGUCAAGAUAACGCUGGAGGCUUAUCAAAAUAUAGUUAAUUUUUUUCCCACUGCCGAUAUCAGAACUCAGUGCACUUUUGAUGGAAGAAUAGUGGGAGAAACAACUUGGAUACCAGUGACUGGUGAUAGUUAUCUGCCGAUAGACAAAACAUUUUCUUUUACUUUCGACAAAACUUCACCUAAAGACAUCGACAAACUCAUAUCGUUACCUGUGCUAAUGACAAUUUCGCAAUCAACGGGAAGUUUCCACCCAUUUUCAUAUGAUUACCUCCAAAUUAACACAGACUCCAGAUACGCUACCAAUACAAGGCAUCUAGAGAGUAUUGUUGAAAUAUAUGAAGAAUUCACAGGUCAGACAAUUCCAAGAAGUGAUUUAUCAGAGCAACGUCCCAAGAAAACCAAAAGAACGACAAAAACAAAGUCCUCUAAGAGGGACAGAUCCACCCAGGGAUCUGAUUCAUAUUCAAAAGAAACUGUACCUCGUCAUUUGAGUUCCAAUCCAAUAGUACCAGAAUUGCCAUCAGAAUAUCUAGAAGAUCCUGUCAUAUACGGAAUGUGUACUAUAGAUUUUUUGCCGUUAUUUCAGGGAAAAACUACUUUCUCGGAAACUUUGCUGAUACGCCCGAUAAAAAAAUACGAUGACGAGAAAAUGGUUUCCUUCAAAGCACAUCCUAAAAUAAUAGUGACGGUUUCCACUGAUGUUAAUCUCAGUUCUCUUGGGGUUGCAAUUAUGAACAUUACGGUGGAAGCAAUCUAUAACAUACCUUCACUGAUGAAACCUGAAACGGAUUACAGAGUGAAUGUACUCCUACCGAAGGCAACCACCAAAAAAAUUCCUAUCUCUUUUACGAAUUCCCGAUACACAUUCAACACACGAGGAUGUACAAAUAGGUGUUGGCCGAAUAUGCAACAAAUUGGACUCAAUGCAAAUACAACGAAAUAUGUUUCCAGCACCAGCAAAGACGAACUUCUAAAUAAGGUCGGAGUCGACAUUGUUUCAUAUUUGAACGAAGAUGGGCCAACCUUGGUUUUCAAUACAAUGAGAAGGAGUUUGAUAACGGAAAGUGGUUGGGAAGAACUCAUAGAGCAUGUCAACAGUCAUCGAAAGAUAGUACUGGAGUUUUUAAUAAACCAAAAAGGUACUAGAAAAUCCAACUUCAAUAUCCCAAGACCUGAUAAGGAGGCUUCAAUACCUUCCCUGAAGUAUGCCAAUGAAUUUGGCAAAAAGUUGCGGCCACCUUCCUUGCAUUUCAUGUCUAUACUAGAUGUAUCUUCGCUGUUGUAUCCGGGAGUUUCGAAAGUUCGCAUAGCGGCUCCUGUGUGCAGCUACAACUCCGAAGAGGUUUCAAAAUAUAGUGGUCAAGAUGAUACUUCACCCAAUAUUAUAAUAAAAAAAAGUAGUCCGUCUAGAGAAGCUGUCAAUAGGUCAAAGGAUAAACCUAAUAAACUCAAGGAGAAAGACUCAGAAAAAAGUGAGAAGUCGUCUGUGAAGAAUAAAGAAAAAGAUCCUAAAGAGAAAGAUCUGAAAACAUUCUUACCUCUGAAACCAGAAGCUGAACCAAAACCGGAUCCCAUUGUACCAAUCCUUAACGAACAAGAAAAACCCUGCUUCAUUCUUGUGGAGAUUGAAUUAUCCAAAUGCAUUGAGCCCUCAAGAAAUCUAGAGGAUCUAAGAGAUAGUACGCAUGAACUCAUACGAACAAAACCUCAAUUUCCUACAAAACUGGUUCUAUGUAAGUGUUUGAUCGAAUCCUACUACAAAGAAUUACUGGAUGAAAUGAUGAAAGAUAUCGAAAAGAAGUUUCAAAGAUUUUUGACUGAACACCCCGACCGCAAAUUUUCCUCGAAUAAAACCUCAGAUUUCAUUGAUUUUCUGCAAACCAUUGGAACGUAUCAGACUUAUUCUUCUUCCAUGAUGAAAGUCGCAACUUUGCUAUCCACAAGCGAAUUCAAACCUGGUGGAUUCGAAAAUACCAGCAGAGGUUACCAAACUAUUCCAGAUUUGUUUGUUUAUUUGAUAUCAGAAAUGAAUGAUAGUCUGAAUAAACUCACAUGCCAUGAAAAGGAGAAUAAAUGUGAGGAGAACAUUCUGGAAAGGAUCAUUUUCUAUGCCAAGGAAGCUGUGGAAAUGAGAAAUACUGAUUUAGCAGAUAGAUAUUUCCUUGAACGAAUUUGUAGAAAUAAACAAAAUUCUGACUACUGGUUCGAAUAUGGCGUAUUUUUUCUUGAACUGAAAAAAACCGACAGAGCUUUUGAAUGCAUGAAGAAAGCUUUACUGACAAACUCUAAUCAUGGAAAUAGUCUCAUAGCUUUGGGGGUGCUCUUAGAUAAUAAAGGCCAGAAAGAAGAGGCGGAAAUGUAUUUCUUGAACCUCAUGAUACUGCUACCGAAAUGGGUGGAGGGUUGGGGUGUCCUCUAUAUCUUUUAUACAAAACAUGAUUGCUAUGAAGGCAUGGAUGUAGCGCUAGAGAUGGCGAAUAAAUAUUUAAAUGAAAAUGCUGCUGCCAAAUUACCUGAAGAUUUAGCGUGGACCUCCAACAUCUGCCCGAAUACUAUAUUUCUUCGAACAGCAAUCGUUUUACUGAAGAUGAGAUUGUACGACUGGGCGGAAAUCGCUCUGGCUGAAGAAUUGACUACACAUUUUGGAUUGGUACACUACUUACUGUCGGCUAUUUGUUAUUAUAAAGGACUUUAUUCUCAUGCCUUGGAGCAUUUAGAGGAAGCAAAAAAAAACUACGGAUCGAAUUAUGCCGUGGCCAGUCUAUCCGGACAUUGCUUUUUUGCUCUCAACAGAGAAGAAGAGGCAAAAAAUGAAUACUAUCAUGCUAUAGCAGAAUUCGAUGGUCCGAAAGACAAUCAUUUGGUUCAACUGAACCUUACACUAAUUUUUGAACGUGCCGGAGACGAUCAGAAAGCAAAGAAGUUCGCUUUGUUGGCUUGUCAGUACAAUCCUACUCCUUACACUUGGUUGAAAGCAGGGCUUUUCUAUCUACGGGAGAAUGAUUUGCUGAGUGCGGAAGAAUGUUUCAGCGAAGGAAAUAUGAGAGAUCCUAGUCACUCAGAACUGUGGGGAAACCUAUGUUUGGUAAAUUUCAAACUUCGUAGGCUGCAUGAAGCGGAAAUAUGUUACAACCAAGCGAUACGAAAUGGCUUGAAAAAUAGUGAGCUUUUAGAAAAUAUCGAAAAGGAACGGAACAGUGACUGA